CCUUCCGGGGACUGGGGGUAUCGAUUGACCGCAUCUUUAUUUCUGGAAUGAGAGUUCGCCUAUUGGAUGUCGAAUGUGACGUCAAAUCUGUCUUGUCGGCGUGUACGAAGUGUCAAACACCGUGAUAGAUCGCUUCCAGCGUCAAAUGAUAAUUGAUGUGAAAGAAAUGCACAAGUUAGGUCAUGAUUUGGACGCAGAUUAGGGGCACUCUCGCGUUAUCCGCGUCGAUCUGUACUGCUUUGCAGUUUCUGGCUGGCGUAUUAGUAUGCAGGAAAUAUAUAAAAAAUGGUUCAACCGGAGAUAGUUCAGCCUUGGCUUUCAUAACAUGUUUUAUGUCAUGUAGCUUGUGGAUGAUAUAUGGCUGCUAUAUCAAGGAUAUCUUUGUUAUAUGUGUAAACUUAUUUGGGAUAAUAUUACAAGCAAUCUAUAUUGUUAUCUUUGCUUUAUACUGCCUAAAAAGAUGGACUACUCUCAAACAAGUUACAGCAGCACUUAUUUUCACUACACUUGUAUAUCUUUACGCUAAUUUUAUACAAACGGACAAAGCUUUGGCUACAAAACACAUAGGAUUUCUCAGUUGCAGUCUGACCAUAUUGUUCUUCGCAUCACCCUUAACUUUGCUCGCACACGUAAUAAGAGUAAAGAGUACGGAGAGCUUACCCUUCCCAGUUAUAAUGGCCUCUAUGAUAGUGUCGUGUCAAUGGUUCGCAUAUGGAUGUCUGAUUAAUGAUCAAUUUAUACAAAUACCAAAUUUUAUGGGUUGUGUGUUGUCUGGUUUUCAACUGUCUUUGUUUCUGAUUUACCCAAGCAAACGACCUGAACAAACUUAUUUUAUAUGAAAAUGUGGUAAUAUAAAGUGAGCAGAGAAACUGUCCCUCUAGUUUUAUAAAUAUAAAAGAAGAAUGAGAACUUGGUGUUUUUUAUUAACUUGUAAGUUAAUCAUAUUGAUUAAUGUAAGUGACAUAAGUAAGUAUAAAUGACAUGCUUAGGACAGGUGAUUAAUGUCUAAUAAAAUGAUUCCUUAAUUUUGUGUGGAAAAA